AGCGCGGAGGUCGUAUUGCACACCUGUGUCACGUUAUUCAUACAUCGCGGCUGCUGAAAAUUCUUUAAACUUUUCCGUAGUAUUGAGUGUUGUGUGUGACAAUGGAAUUGUGUGUGAACUCCUAAGGUUAGAAUGAGUUUGUUCUAGUUUAAACCUUAUUUUGUGCAAGUGCUUGGUGGAUUUAAUCUGAGCCGGCUUUUUGUUUGUCUGUGUUCCGGUUCAUGGAUCUCUUUGCACAGCAGACUGCAUAAAAUAUAUACAUAUUCGUACGAGCACACAGAGGCGAUUGUAUAAAUAAACCAUGAAAGCAACAUUCACCCUUCUUUGCGUGUACUUCUACGCGCUCCUGUCCAGUGGCAACACUUCAGACGAUGAUGACCGCCGUUGGCUGUCGUCGCUCAUCGCCCUGGUGGAGAUGGACUACGAAGACCACUGCGACCAGAGGGCCACGGCUUCUUGGAAUGAGCUUGUUGGCUCCCCGAAAGGACUAGCUCAAAAGCUGGGACGCGACAAGAGCUACGGGAUUUUCGCCCGCGCUCAGACCACUGACAUACGCAUAGCGCUCAAGGCGCAUGCGCUCAGCGACGAUGAGCUCCUCAAGCGUAAGGUGAAGUUGCUGCUGCAGCCGGGCGACUUGCUACUGACUACCGAACAGUGGAUCCGGCUGGUCACAUUUGCAGACACCUCAGAGAACGCUCUGCGAUUUGCAACAGACUACGAUUGUGGAACAACUAUAAAUUGUACACUAAGAGAACUACACAACAGCCUGGCUAAGCAGCACGAUGAAGAUACAUUGCGCCACAUGAAGGAGUCAUGGGAGAAGAAGCUUCCGGAUCUAAACGAAUACCUUGAGACCAUAUUACCGUUGCUGAAGAACACGUCCAAAGAAAAUGAGUUUAACACAGUCGAAGAGUACUGGGACUCACUUGCUGAAUACGAAGGUGCGACACUGAAGGCUCGAGAAUUGUGGGACCGCAUCAGGCCACUCUACGAGAAGCUCCACAAAUAUGUCGCUCUCAGGCUGAAAGGCACCGAGGCUGUCGGGAAGCCACUGCCAGUUUAUUUGUUAAGAUCACUGGCAGGAGACGAUUGGUCAAAUGUUAUAGAAAACCUACUACCCAAGCAUGCAGAUAUUUAUCAAAAAUUGUACGCUAAUCUACAAUUAAAGAAUUUAGGUGGUGUUAAUGCAUUUAAAGAGGCUACAAAGUUGCUAACUGAGAUAAAUAUGCCUCACAUCGAGCCAUACACUUGGGACAAAUCAAUAUUCAAUAGCAGCUGUCCACCCGUGCUGGUGGAUUGGUGUAAGCCGAAUAAGCUAAGGGUAAUCUCAUGCAGCGACGUGUCCAUCGGAAAUUACAUGGAUGCCCACGAGGCUGUCAUGCGAAUAAAGUAUAAAGAUACUGUCGCUUUGCAUAGCAACAAUACUUACACACUGAGAAAUGCUAACCGCUAUUCAGCUGUUUACGAAGCAAUACCUGAAUUUGCAUCACUUCUGUCGGUGAAUCCUCAUGCGUUGAGUCGAGCUGGAUUAUACUCUAUAGAGAGGUUUAAUUACAAUCCGAACUAUCAUCGUCUGGUUCUACAAUUAAUAACUGCUUUGCGAGACCUGCCGAAAUUGAAUUUCUAUAUAGCCGCCGAUGAAUGGAGACUAAAAUAUCUUAAAGAGACAAAAACUUCUUCAACACAAAAUGAGAGCUGGUCUGACUUUAGAAGAAAUUUCUCUUGGUUAGAAACUUCUGACGUAGAUAUCCUUGGUAACCCUUACGUGCUUCACAACAAGCCAUUUAUUGGAAAAUUCAUGGGCCUUAUUCUCAAAUAUCAAAUUUAUCAAUCUUUUGCCGAAGAACUUAUUUCGGAUGAAUCUGACCUUAUAAAACAUAUUUCUGAGAACAACGAUCGUUUAGUGAGUACAAUGUCUCAAGGCUUAGGGAUCAAAUGGCCUGAAAUGGUUAGCGAUUUAUUGGCUAAACGAGAGAAUGUGCUCGAAUACACAGGCCUGACUGACUACUACAGACUUCUAGACGAAUAUUUAGACAACCAACUAGACCCUCAGCUAGGUGUUAAUGAAUCAGAUGAUUAUGUCGAGCCCUCUGAGCCAGAAACCAUAGAAAACGAAAUUCCCACCGAAUUUCAACUACCCAGAAAUAGUGAGACUCAUGAAAACAUUCAAGAAAACGAAAUUGAUACAGGAUAUGAAAAUAACAUGAAGUUUGGCACUGAAACGUCGACUGUGGGUGUGUUAGAAAUAAAAAACCCUGUUGUAUCUGGGGACCAGGAGCAAAAAGAUACAAAUGUCAAAGAAGCUUCAUAUAACGUCUACUGGUGGAUUGGCAUAGCUGUUGCAGUAGCCAUUAUAGUAAUAUUGAUAGCAAUAAUUGCACGAAAACGACAGAACCAUCGAAAACAGCUUGAUAGACAAAGAAGAGAAAAUACGCAUGCCUGAUUUGAGGAGUAUCGGUUCUAGAUGAGGAGCCGAUAUUAUAUCUGUAUACUUAUACUAAUUUAAGUAAUGUGUGCCAAUGCGAUUUAUUUUAUGUGUGUGUUUGAGUUUACAGAGUUUAGGUGUGCGAUUAAAAAUAUUCUAUUUAUUCUGCUCUAGAAGUAAUUACAAUUUAAGUUAUUUGCUUUGUGUUCACAACGUUUAUUUAUCAACAAUAUUGUCUAUUGUCAAACGAAUAUUGAUAGGUCCUGUUUAAUUAUGAAUUAUGAUACAAAGUAAAAACUGUUGCAUUUAUUCUUUGUAAAAAUAAUGCAAGCUUUAUUGUAUCAUUAGUUAAUUGCCUACCAAAAUUUAAACGCUCUUAGUUGCACCAGUAUCUACACUAAAUAAAUUUAAUGCUCAAAAUUUCACUAUCUACAAUCACAGUUGCAACUCGCGUCUGAAAUUAUAUUUUACAAUUAUUAUUAUUGAGCUUCAACAGCUAGUUAGGUAAUUAUUUAAUUCCUUUGUUUCAUACAUUAAGCCAUGUUUAAACUUCAAUGAAGUUAAACGUAAUAAAUAUGACAGUAUGAUGUCUAACUUAGUGAAAUGAAAAAUAUAUAUAUUUUUGUACAUAUCACAUUUUGCAAAUUAGUCUAAAUGUUACCAAGAGUGUCUAUAUAAUAAUUUGUACAUAAUAGUUAAGUGUAAUUUCGCUGUGCCUUAAGCGUCUCAAUUUCUAAUGAGUACUCUGUGUAGUAUAUAAAAUUUAGUAAUUAUAUUAGAAAUAAAUUUGUAAUAAAGAAUUACCUUCGGGCUCAUAUUUCACGAAAUUUCUGAGACAAAAAAUAUACGUCAGACCAAUUUGUAAUAGAAAUAUGUGUUUUCGAAAAAAAUUACAACUCUGAAUCAAUUCAAACAGUUACCAUAUUUCUAUUUGUAUGAAAUGUAUUAAAUGAUUUAGCUUUAAAAAGUAAAUUUUAUUGAUUAUUUUUAAACAUAUUAAUUAUGCAUGUCUAGUUUCUUUAUUGUUAUUUUUUUCUUAAGAUUAGGCUUAUCCAAAUAGUAAUUUCUUGUUAUCAAACUUAUUCCUUCAAACAUAAAUUUCACUGUUGAGCUAACAAAUCAUAUCCAUAACCGUUUGAUAUUAAAAAAAUACUAUAAGAAUGGGCCUCAAGGGGGUUGACUCAGAUUUAUAAUUUUUUUAAGGUUUAUUAGUUAUGAUAUGAUAUUGAUGAUCACUUUCCCUGAUUAGCGUGCGUAAAAUCCACUGGGAGCCGUCUACACUUCUACAGUCAGCUGCAGAGAAAAGGUACCUAUACCUCUGCAUAGAAGUUUGUAUGCAAAGGUGCUAAGCGAAUAGUAUUACUGACUGUACAUGUUGUGUCAUCAGACAUCCCACUCGCACUGGAAGUUGUAUCAUAGCAAUAUCAAAACUGUAACAAAAUGUUGAAUAUGAAUCAGCCUUCAUUUAAUAUGCUCGUUUAUUAUGUUCAGGUAUGAAUAUAACUUUAAACCAAACAGAGAGGAUAUACAGUGUGACCUUAGCCUUUGAACAAAGCCGAAACGUACAUAUCGAUUAGGGUAUUUGCACGGUAUUUCGAACCAUUUUUAUCAAAUUAUCAGAACAAUCUGUAGCUACGAAUAAACAUAAUAAAUUAUGAUUUUUUUGUAGGUGCUGCCUGUAUUUAAUUAAAUGCACCUGUACGCCGCACAGGAGUAUCCGUCUUUGUCUAAUUGUAUCAAUUAAAGAGGGACGGGUAGUAUAUCUCGCGGGCGGUAUUCUGUCGCGCCAAUCAUGUGCUAGCCCGGCUGAGGUAUAAUACAUAUAUCUACUGUCAGUCAUUGGCAAAUGGACGGGAUGGAUAGGAAGCAAUUUAUUGGCGAUUAUUGGGAUUCAAUUUUGUUUGAAAAAAGAUUUUAUCUUUUGUUUUAAUUAAUAAAAAUACAUUAGAGCGUUCCUCAACAAUAACCAACCAUAGGUGGGAUGGAUGGGGUUUAGGGCUUUGUCGAAAAGCUAAGGACACCUUGUAUAAUAUUAUUUAAGUAUUUAAACGAAAAAAGGACAGUUCAUAUUAUAUUGAUUUAUACUUUACAUUAUAAAGUAAAAUGUGCAAAGGAAAUAAUAAAUGUUUAA